AACACAAUUCUCAGUCGAUAGUAUCUAAUCGAUAUGUAAAGCAGAGGAGCGAAAUUGUAUGUGUUUUGAUUUGUGUUUUGUAUUGUAUUGAAACUUAUCGCCUUUUAUUCAAUAAUGUCGGCAAACUUAAGUAUAAAAGAUAUCGAGGAAAGGCUGGACAACUUCAUUGUUCGAAAACCCAUACAUAGGUCCAAGUCAACUGACGAUCCAAAGCAGGGGCCCAUAAUCCACGAGAACAUUCCGCUGGCCUUAAAUGAUGUAUUGCGGGUGUCAAGAGAUCUGGAAGAGGAAGACGUGUUUACCAUUUCCAUCAACAAGGCCCCAUGCCAUUUUCGUACUUGCAUCGUGUACGCCUUUGUAGCCGCAGAGUGCCCGCACCAUAAAUUAUACCGCAAAUACAUCAUCGACGACUCCACUGCAUCAAUGGACGUGAGCAUUUGCACCAAGCCAUGGAAGAGGACGAUAAUUGCAUCUUUGUACAACGAGGCAACACAGAUGUCGGAAAAGGCAGUCUACAAGGAAAUAUCCGAAAUUAUGAUGCGUCUUCUAACUGCAGCCUCGGGAUAUGUAGACCCCUCUGACAUAGAGAAGGGAAAUAACGUUUUGUUGCUUUGUCGUCCCAACUUCUAUAGGGAGAAAAUAAGCUUGGAGGCCUCUUCCUUUCUCGCCGACAAUGGUAAACUAUGCAACCUUGAAAUUGCAUUUGCGGAUCAUUACAUUGAUUGGCACCAAAGCUACAAAACAUAAAACAAGCUAAUUCUUUUGUAUUGAAUUUUUACUCAAUAAAAAAUCAUGUAUUAAAUAUAGAG